AUGUCAAAAGGACCGACGACGAUGGGAGAAGGAGUAGGAGCGGCGCUGCCGCAGGCGGCAGAUCCACAACAUACUGCAACUCACGAGGCGCUGCCGCAGGCGCCAGCACCGGCGGAAGUUGCCCACCCCGCUCCCGAUCAAAACGAGCGUGCGGCACUUCUAAGGGACAUUCACACUUUGAUUCGGGAGCAACUUCGCGAAUAUUGUGCAAGGGGGAAAGGGGGGCUCGCGCACUCGCCGGAAAUGCUGGAACUAUACUCCAGUAGCGCGAAGGCAAUAAUGUCUUACGAUCUGGAUAUCCCCGCGGAGACAGAUACGGAAACCCCCCGCAGAUGGGUGGGAGAAUAUAAGGGGGGACCCUAA